CAAUCGUUGACGACGAUGUUGCUGCACGCGCUAAGCCUCAUCGUUUUAUUGGGAUGGAUGGGACCUUGUGUGGCGCAUCCCUCAAGCAAUGGUCCUGCCGGUGAAGCUCACAAAACUGUGUCGGUACCAUUGGUCAACUACAAAAAUCUCACAUACACUGCAAUGCUGAGGAUAGGUACACCGCCACAAGAAUUCAGGGUCAUGCUGGAUCCGGCGGGUACUACGUGGGUUCCUGCCUACUACUGCACGCAAGGGGAACCCUGCUUUGGACACAAGAUGUAUGACUGGAGUGAGUCGACGACGCAGAGCAGCGAUUGGGAAGACGGUGCCACGGACUUUGGCAGGGGCAACGUCACAGGCUACACGUUUCGGGAUGCUCACGAACUCGGCGGCGUGUCGCUCGGAAACCUUCAAUUUGUAAAUGGAAUUGGCUUCCACGGUGUGCCGAGCUUCGUGGACGAACCAUUCGAUGGCGUCUUCGGACUGCGCCUUGGCCCGAACUCUACGCUUCAAGAAAUGGCUCAAUCAGGUGUAAUCAGCAAACCUAGUGUGGGACUUUACUUCAGCCGCGACGAAACAGUUGGAGAAGCCCUGUUCGGAGGGGCAAAUGAGCAGCACUACCAAGGUUCACUGACCUUCCUAGAUGCUCUCGACAGCGCAUUUCAGUUUCACUUGGAUGGAUACGAAGUGGUUGGUAAGAGAGAGGUGCUACCACAGUCUGCAUCGUGGGCUCGACCAGCUCCAACGGAACCUUUCAUUGGAGGUCCGGCCAGCGAAAUAAAAAAGAUCAACACACUGCUCGCCGGCCGAAAGGUCGAGGAUGGAAAAUACGAGCUUCGCUGCAACAUCAGGCCCUCCGAUGUCACCUUCGUGAUUGGUGGACGGGAGAUUGUCCUGAGGCCUGAAGACUACGUCGUGAAGGUGGACACGACCUCUGGCUCAAGAUGUUACAGUGGCUUCGUUGAAGCGGAUGAGGUGGCGAACGCAAGUUGGCAUUUGGGCCUCGUGUUCCUCAGACGAGUAUACACCGUGCUCGAGGCGCCGCUCGAGCACUCGGGGCAAGGACGCGUGGGUUUAGCCCUCGCCCUAUAAAUUUUUAGCUCGUCACUCUGAACCUGCAGGCCAAAUACCAAAUUCCCAAGUAUUCUCGUUCGGAAGUUCUCUUGACCAAUGGCCGGCGGGCUUUGCUAAUGUCCAGU